AUCAUGGAGCGCUCCUCAGGACAAGAUGGAGGGAUCAUGGAGCGCCCCUCAGGACAAGAUGGAGGGAUCAUGGAGCGCCCCUCAGGACAAGAUGGAGAGAUCAUGGAGCGCUCCUCAGGAGAAGACCUCCUUACCCCUAAUGUCCAUCCAGAUCUAUCAUAUAAUAAUCCCCCUGAUCAUGAGGAACCUUCUCCUGACCAACCACACAUUGUUACCACAAGGACAGAGAAGAAAGGGUUCAAAAACUUUCCAUGUGCUGAAUGUGAUAAACACUUUGCUAGAAGAUCAAAUCUUUUUACACACAGAAAAAUUCACACAGGUGAGAAGCCGUAUUCAUGUUCAGAAUGUGGAAAAUGUUUUACAUACAAAUCACUUCUUGUUAAACAUAGAAGAAUUCACACAGGAGAAAAGCCAUAUUCAUGUUCAGAAUGUGGGAAAUACUUUACACGUAAAUCCUAUCUUAUUGUACAUAUGAGAAGUCACACAGGAGAGAAGCCAUAUUCAUGUUCAGAAUGUGGAAAAUGUUUUACACAUAAAUCACUUCUUGUUAAACAUAGAAGAAUUCACACAGGAGAAAAGCCAUAUUCAUGUUCAGAAUGUGGGAAAUACUUUACACGUAAAUCCUAUCUUAUUGUACAUAUGAGAAGUCACACAGGAGAGAAGCCUUAUUCAUGUUCAGAAUGUGGUAAAUGCUUUAAUGGUAAAUCCCAUCUUAUUAUACAUGAGAAAAAUCACACAGGAGAAAAGCCGUUUUCAUGUUCAGAAUGUGAGAAAUGUUUUACAUCUAAAUCACUUCUUGAUAAACAUAAGAUAAUCCACACAGGAGUAAAGCCAUAUUCAUGUUCAGAAUGUGGGAAAUGCUUUAAUGGUAAAUCCCAUCUUAUUAUACAUGAGAGAAUUCACACAGGAGAAAAGCCGUAUUCAUGUUCAGAAUGUGGGAAAUGUUUUAUAAAGAAAGCAAAUCUUAUUGACCAUCAGAGAAUUCACACAGGAGAGAAGCCGUAUUCAUGUUCAGAAUGUGGGAAAUGUUAUAGACAUAAAACUGAUCUUGUUACACAUAAGAGAAUCCACACAGGAGAGAAGCCGUAUUCAUGUUCAGAAUGUGGGAAAUGCUUUAUAAGCAAAUCAUAUCUUGUUAGUCAUGAGAAAAUUCACACAGGGGAGAAGUCAAAUUCAUGUUUAGAAUGUGGAAAAACCUUUAAAUAUAAAUCAAAUCUUCUUCGACAUAAGAGCAUUCACACAGGAGAGAAGCCAUAUUCAUGUUCAGAGUGUGGGAAAUGCUUUAGACUAAAAACAGAUCUUAUUAUACAUGAGAAAAUUCACACACAAGAGAAGGCGUAUUCAUGUUCAGAAUGUGGGAAAUGUUUCAUAAGGAAAACACAUCUUAACGUACAUGAGAGAAUUCACACAGGAGAAAAGCCAUAUUCGUGUUUAGAUUGUGGGAAAUGUUUUAGACAGAAAUCAGAUCUUGUUAAACAUGAGAGAAUUCACACACAGGAGAAUCCAUAUUCAUGUUCAGAAUGUGGGAAAUGUUUUGUACAAAAACGAAAUCUUGUCGCACAUGAGAGAAUUCACACACGAUAGAGGCCACUUUAAUGUUCUGUGUGCGAAAAAUGUUUUACAUAGAAAUCAGAUUUUGAAACUCAUCAGCGAAGAAACCCCGCCCCCAUAACUAUACCUGAUUGGACAGAAUUGUGGCAGAACAUGCACCAGAAUAAUGUUGUGUAGAAUUAAUUACUUCAUGUAACAGUCGUAAUAAGGUGCGACCGGGGCCAAAUCCUGUGUAUUAUAUCAUUUAGUGAUGAAUAAAUCUUUAGCGCAUUUUAUUAUUGUAUCUUCUAUUUACUCCAUAUUUCUAUUA